AUGAUGCUGGUCAUCAUUUUGAUUCUGCUGUUUGCUCUGCACACCCCGGUCAACGCACAUUCGUGGAUCGAACAGUUGACCCUCAUUGCACCAAAUGGAACAUUCGUCGGUACCCCGGGAUACCCCCGAGGGAACUAUCUUCGCUCUACGUCGGGUUACAGCGACACCACCAUGACUUACCUCAUUCCACCGGGCUCUAGAGCGAACGUGACCCAAAUCCUACCAACCGACAAACUCUGCAAGGAUACUCAGCAGGAACAAAAACAGUCCGACGGAAGUCCUCGACUGGAAGCCAGCGCUGGCGCUGCGAUUGCUCUCCGCUUCCAGGAGAACGGUCAUGUCACUCUGCCCCAGAAUCAGCCCGGAAAACCGCCCAACAGGGGCUCCGUCUAUGUUUAUGGCACGACCCAGCCCAAGACUGGAGAAAAGCUCCUUGAUGUUCAUGGUGCAUGGACUGCAGACGGAACUGGUGGGGAUGGACGGGGAGUCCUUCUCUCCAAGCAGAAUUUCGACGACGGCCGUUGUUACCAAGUCAACUCUGGAGAAAUUUCUGGGACUCGACAGGCGAAAUUCACCCACACAGCGAAUCAAUUGAUGGGAGCGGACCUCUGGUGCCAGCAGGACAUCAAACUACCCUCUGAUGCCCCAAAUGGGAAGCCAUAUACUCUUUACUGGGUGUGGGAUUGGCCCACCGCCGCAGGAGCUGAUCCUACCUACCCCAAUGGCAAGGCUGAAAUUUAUACUACCUGCAUGGAUGUGGAUGUGAUCACCGGGGCCAACAAACAGGCAAUAAAGGACGAGUACGAUGUCGAUCAGGAUCUCAAUCAGGCCGCCAUUCCGGCGCAGUUUGAUUCCCUCGGAGACGAGGUCUCUGCCCAGGCUUCUGGAAGUAUCCUUGCUGUUUCGAGUACUCCGGCCACGACGAACACGAUGACCACAAUGGCUCGUUCCACUACAGCUGCCACGCCUCGCCGAGUCACCGUGACCGACUGGGAGACCAGUACGAGCACCGUCUACAUGAGUCUCCCCACCUGA